GGCCUCCCGGCAUGUCCCUUGCAAGGCAGCCCGGUGGGCCGGCUUCCCGGGUUUGGGCGCCGCGCGCGGGGAAUGUAUAUUGUGCAAGCAUGCGGCCAAACGUGGCCCGCUCUGAAAAUGGCCCAGCCGGAAAAGUUGGCGGCCAAGCAAAAAAGAAGGCCCCCCGCGGGGCGGGCGCCGACCGGGAUGGCCACCUUCCGGGGCGAGGCCUGCCCUCCCCGCCUGCUGCGCUCCGAAAAACCUGCCGGCGGCUCUGGGGCCUACGCCGAACGAAAAGGGUCGCAACACCCGGGGGGGUCCUCAAUUGCCCCGGUGGCUACUCUGCACCGGCACCCUUGGCGCGCGGCGCACCGAAGGCGGCCCCGGCGCGGGGCGUGGCGGUGCUCCCCAGCGGGGGGCAUGUCGCGGACCCCCUUCCAACCCGUCCCGAGGGCGGGGUGGACGUUUUGCGCCGGCUCUAUGGUCGCCCACGAGAAUGGGGAGCGGGGCAAGUUUGGAAGUCGUAGAGCCCGAGCUUGUUCGGUGUGCCUCUCUUUCUCCAUUGCGCAGGCGGGUGCUCCUUGGGGAAUGACACUCAUCAACGGCGGCGGGUCCGAGGUUUCCCACCCCGUAACACUCGGCACUAUUAUCGAUCGGAGCGCGUACGUUCAGACACGCGGCGCAAUGCGUCAUCGAACUCAUUGGGAAAGUUCCGCAGAGGAAAUCUACGGAAAUACCGUGCCGCGCCCUGCGGCCGGCAGCGGCCGGGAGAAGGGCGGGAGUGCCGGGCCUUGGGCGACUCCCUCUCUGUGGAGUUCGGGUUCGCCCUGUUGCCGCCGACGCUAUGGGGCCCGCCGCCGCGCUCUUUGCCAAUGCCGCCGGCCGGACCAUACCGGCGGCCCCCCUAUCUUUGUGCGGUUUGGAAGCGCCGCCGGGCAGUUUCCUCGCUCGGCCCGCCUUUGUUGUGUUGCGCCCCUUCCUAGGGUGCCACCCAGGCAACGCCGGGCCGCGCGUCCGUCCGAGGGGUUAACGCGCCGGCCGCCAAUCUUCUUCCUUGCCGCCCGCCGGUCUUCCAACCCGCCGAGCGGCAACGUGCGGCCGUUGCAGUUCGCUGGCGCUUCUGGCCCGCCCAGCGGCGCCCUGCCUGUGUUUCGAUAUUUCGCCGGCAGAUCGCCCGCGGCGCGGCCGGCCACGGUAUGUGUGGCGUGGGCGUCUCAUCAUUGCCGGGCUCGCGUACCGCCUCCCAGGGUUUUCCUGCGUGCCAACCUCGUUAGAGGGCCCUCGCGCGCGGAAUUGCGUGCGCAAUUUUGCCCACAAGAAUAAAGAAAAUCGAAA